CAAGCGACGCGCCGGGCUCCUGAGAGGCAGCUCCGACUACAGAAGUGAGCUAGACAGCGAGAGACAUUCAGAAGAUAGAGGAGAGGGAGGGAGCAGAGGGAGAGGGAGAGAGUCAGGGACAGGCAGUGCUGAAAAGGAGAGCACAAAGAGAAGGAAAGUGGAGCAGGGGAGGGGAACAGGAGGCUGGGAGAAGGGAGAGGGAAAGACAAAAGAAGGAGAGGGGAGACGAAGCGGAGGGGACUGAACAAAUGGCUGCGGAGGAGACGGCGGGGGGAGCCAGGAAAGCCACCAAGAGCAAACUGUUUGAGUUCCUGGUCCAUGGAGUGCGUCCUGGCAUGCCGUCUGGAGCGAGGAUGCCCCACCAAGGGGCUCCCAUGGGACCCCCUGGCCCCCCAUACGGAGGGAGUCCGGCGGUGCGGCCCGGCCUGCCCUCCCCAGUGAUGGAGCCCAGUCGUAAGAGACCCGCCCCAUCCCAGCAGGUCCAGCAGCAGCAACAGCAGCAGCAGCAGCAGCAGCAGGCCGUGCAGAAUCGAGCCCGGAAGAAGCCCGUUGGAUUUCCCGGAGCCAGCGAGAUGCCGACGAGGCAGAUGGACAUGAGAGAGCCCCAAUCAGAUCCCACGCUUGGAUCAAAUGCUAAGAGAAGGAAAAUGGCAGACAAGAUUCUUCCGCAAAGGAUCCGUGAACUGGUUCCUGAAUCUCAGGCCUAUAUGGAUCUACUAGCGUUCGAACGCAAACUGGACCAAACCAUUAUGCGUAAACGUGUGGACAUCCAGGAAGCACUAAAGAGACCAAUGAAGCAGCAAAAGCGUAAACUAAGGCUCUAUAUUUCCAACACGUUCAACCCAGCUCGACCCGAUGCUGACGACUCAGAUGGCAGCAUUGCAUCAUGGGAGCUGAGGGUAGAAGGAAAGCUGCUGGAUGAUCCGGGGAAGCAGAAAAAGAAGUUUUCUUCAUUUUUCAAGAGCCUAGUGAUUGAGCUGGAUAAAGAGCUGUAUGGUCCGGACAACCACCUGGUUGAGUGGCACCGCACACCCACCACCCAGGAGACAGACGGCUUCCAGGUGAAGAGACCCGGAGAUGUGAGCGUGCGCUGCACCCUGCUGCUGAUGCUGGACUACCAGCCUCCCCAGUUUAAGCUGGACCUCCGCCUGGCGCGCCUCCUCGGCAUCCACACUCAGACUCGUUCCUGCAUCAUUCAGGCCCUCUGGCAGUAUGUGAAGACCAACAAGCUGCAGGACUCCCAUGACAAAGAGUACAUCAACUGUGACAAGUACUUCCAACAGAUCUUUGACUGUCCUCGUCUGAAGUUCUCUGAGAUUCCUCAGCGCCUCACUAACCUCCUCCUCCCACCCGACCCGAUCGUCAUCAACCAUGUGAUCAGCGUGGACCCCAACGACCAGAAGAAGACGGCCUGCUAUGACAUUGAUGUGGAGGUGGAAGACCCCCUGAAGAGCCAGAUGAGCAGCUUCCUUCUCUCCACAGCCAACCAGCAGGAAAUCGCCUCGCUGGACAACAAGAUCCAUGAGACCAUUGAGUCCAUCAACCAGCUGAAGAUCCAGCGAGACUUCAUGCUGAGCUUCUCCAGAGAUCCCAAAGGCUACAUCCAAGACUGGCUCAAGUCCCAAAGCAGAGAUCUAAAGUUAAUGACCGAUGUGGUGGGGAACCCUGAGGAGGAGAGGAGGGCGGCGUUUUACCACGAACCCUGGUCCCAGGAGGCAGUUAGCCGUUACUUCUACUGCAAGAUCCAGCAGAGGAGACAGGAGCUGGAACAGGCCUUAGCAGUCCGCAACACCUAAAGACUGAAGGUCCUCCUGAAGUUCUGCCUCUGGAUUUCAACGCUGUGUGUGUGUGUGUUUGGAUUUACGAGUGCGUGUAAGGCCAUUAGUGAUGUCUUACAUUCUGUUUCCCAGAGCUUCGACGCUAAGCAGGACUCAUCAGAGGUUCGUCAGACUUAGAUAUAUCGGAGCACUUCAUUCAUGUUUUAGAAGCUCAUGAAGUAAUCAAUGUUAACAGCACUGUUGGGCCUCGGAGGCCCCGCUCUGUAAAUACAUCCCGCCAAAACUGUCAACCAGCUGCCGGCACACCUCCAUACCUGCGCUCUAGAUGAGUCCAACUACGCACAUUUUUUUAUGAUUUGCCUUCAUUUGAACCUUCCUUUAAGGGUUAAUUAAUAGCACCAGCAAAAUAUGAGAUUAGAGUUUUCUCGGCGGCUUCAGAUGGAAAAAAAAAAAAAA